AUGGGUAUCACGAAAAAGAAGAAGAAGCCUAAGAAGAAGAAGAUAACGCUGAGAAAAGUUAUCGAAUCAGCCAAACGAUCGGUGAUACAAAGCAACGAUGCACAGGCAGUAAUUCAGUCUGCUCUUAAGGGUGCCCAAACAGCUGUCAAGCAGGCUGGUGGAAAGAAAAAUAUACGUGCACCACGUGUUCUACCCGUACCAUCCAAAGUUGGAGGUUUCCUGCCGUUUCUCGUACCUAUGUUUGCGGGUCUGAGUGCUGCCGGAGCGUUAGCAGGAGGUGCAGGACUGUACUUGAAACCCUACAAGAAGGGACUGGGCAUUCAUCUAAAGCCAAAAAACUUGAAGUGAAACUACCACGUCGGGCGUUAACUGAUGCAGAUCUGCUCAAGUACGCCAGGCUCAUGAAUAUUCCACAUUUUCGUGGAAUUUUUAUGCGGAAUGCUAUGCCAAAAGGUGGAUCGUACAAAUACGAAUCGGUAAUCGUCAAUCUCGACGAUGAGGACGGUUCCGGAACACACUGGGUCGCCCACAUGAAGAAAAAAGACUCAGUAAUUUAUUUUGACAGUUUCGGUAAUCUUCGCCCCCCACUAGAUCUCAUUAGGUAUCUUGACGUUGGUAGUGUAAAAUAUAAUUAUGAACGGUAUCAGAACUAUGAUACUUUCGAAUGUGGCCACUUGUGUCUCAAAUUCUUAUGUGGGCAGUUAAAUCGUAAGAAUAAGUAUCGUCUAUAUAAACAUGCUGCAUA